AUGGGGUGGAGCAUCAAGACAAAGAAGUUUUAUGACCCGGGGACUGAUGGAUCACAUGUCCGCCUUUGGUCAACUGGAUUCCAAUUGCACAGAGAGGAAGGGUCUCAAUGGCAGAAAGAGCUACAGAAUUGGCAGCAAAUGCUACAGAAUGUGAAGAAAGAGCAGGAACAGUUGAAGGAGCAGCGGUUAGGGUUCCAGCUGGGGAAACAGGCGCUGCCUUGGGAGAAUCGGUCACUGAAGCAGUUAGAGCAUGAGAAAAAUGAGUCCCUGCUGCAAUUGCAGGGUGACCUGCAAGGCGUGCAAGAGGAAACUUCAUUGUUAGAAGAUGAUGAGCGGAUUUUAGAGCAUCUUGCUGUACAGCAGGAACAGAGACUCGAGCAUAUUCUCGAGCAGGGGAACAUGGUGAAGGGACCAUGGAUGAUGAUAGAAAACCUCCCUCAAAUAUAUCGAAGUACCCACAUCCCCUCAAACAUAAGGAGAUUCUCCUUUCAAGGAAAGGUCGAUGUGGAAUGGAGGAAGCACGUCGUUCCCAUUCUCUGGGCCCUGGACAGGGCAAUCAUUGGGUUACCUCCCAUUAUUUCA